AUGGCUACCCACCACGCUGCGAAUGAUGAGCUCAAGGCCAGCUCCCUGUUCGAUGUAUCUCACAUCACGGCAGUCGUCACAGGCGGCGCCACAGGCAUUGGCCUAAUGAUUACACAGGCGCUGGUAUCUAAUGGAGCUAAAGUUUACAUUACUGGUCGCCGUACAGAAAAACUAGAACAAACCAAGAAGAUCUACAGUACGGGCCCUGGAAGUAUUCACGUGCUCCCUGGUGAUGUGAGCUCAAAAGACGAGGCUAUCCGAUUGGCGAAGGAGGUUGGGGAAAAGGAGCCCAAUGGUAUUCAAUUGCUCGUCAACAACGCUGGUAUUGCGAGGGAUGAUGAAACCAGGUUCUGGGAACCUGACAUGUCUGACGCCCAAGCUAUCUCGGACCAUUUCUUGCAAACCAAGCCUGAGCAGUGGACGGAGACUUUGACGACAAACGUCGCUGGGCCGUACUACAUGUCUGUUGCCUUCUUACCUCUGCUGGCCAAAGGACGCGACGUGACACCCGGUUAUACGUCCCAGAUACUCAACAUUUCAUCUAUAUCGGGCGCCAUGAAGGGGUCAAGCAUGGGCCAGCCGAUCUAUGCUACAUCCAAAGCCGCUCUCACACAUCUCAGCCGCAUUCUUGCGACUUUGUGCAAGGAUGUCAAGGUCCGUGUGAACGUUAUUGCGCCAGGACUCUUCCCUAGCGAAAUGACUACCGGCAAAUCUGACGAGGGAAACAAGAGUAAGAUUGAAAAGAAAAUGACUAAUCCGGCUGGAAGACCGGGACAUGAUACUGAUAUGGCGGCCACGAUCCUGUUCCUCGUUGGGAAGGGUGGCUUGUUUUACAACGGUCAGAUUGUGUAUCCUGAUGGAGGUAACACACUCGUACAGCCUGCUAUUGCUAACUAG